GUAAUAAAAAUGUGCAACCUAUGAACCGCAACGUGAGUCGGGCAGCAUAAACGUAGUUGAAAUAAUUAGUACCAAAAGAUGCUGCCGGGAAUAGGACUCUUUGGCACUGGACAAGUCGUGCGUGUAAUCGUUCCUUUCCUGCGGGCUAAGGGUUUCAAAAUUGAGGCGGUAUGGGGCCGAACUCUAGCUGAAGCAGCAGAAUUAGCGAGAAGCUUGGAAAUCCCAUUCUAUACAAGCCGGAUCGAUGAUGUUUUACUGCGGAAAGAUGUUGACCUGAUAUUCAUAAUGUGUUCACCGAAUUUACAUGCACAAAUCGCAGUAAAAGCAUUAGGGAUUGGCAAACAUGUAGUCUGUGACAAACCUGCAGGACUUAGUCAGCAAGAAGCUCUCAAAAUGGUUCGAGCGGCUCAAUAUUACCCUUCUCUGAUCAGUAUAGUUAAUCACAGUCUUCGAUUCCUCCCAGCUUUUGUCAGGAUGAGACGAGCCAUUGAAGAAGGUUACCUGCGGGGUCCUGUUACCGUAAUAGACAUCAGAGUACAAAUGGGUUCUCUACUGCACAACGGCUACGAUUGGCUUUGCAACGAUACCAUGGGUGGAGGGAUCCUAGCUUUGGUCGGAAGUCAUGUAAUCGAUUUGAUAUUUCACCUGGUGGGUCAAAGAGCAAUCAGGGUUCAUGCGGUGGUGAGAACAUUUACACAGACAACUCAAUUCAUCAAUGGCAUUCGUCAUGUUUCCGCACCAGAUUUUUGCACCUUCCAAAUGGAAUUAAGCGGAGGUGCACUGGUUACCGCUACUUUAAGUAAUCAUUUACCUGGGCAAUUAACACAAGAAGUCCUAGUUUGCGGAGCCGGUGACCACCUUGUAGUAAGAGGUGGAGAUUUGCAUGGGUUUAGAGAAGGUAUGAAUAAAGAUGGAAAGGAAGAGGUACUUUACUCAGAUGUUGACAACCUGGAAGACUCUACGAUAAAUUCCAUCGAUUCCAUUCCUCUGCCCUAUGUGAAGGGUCUGAAGAAAUUAAUUGGUGCUUUGAGAGAGGCGUUUCAACCUGUGGAAGAUAAAAAAGGAUGGAUUAAAGAACCUGUUUCAUCUGCAGCAACUUUUGAGGAUGGUUUAUAUGUGCAAGCAGUAAUUGAUGCUCUGAGACAAAGCAACAAGAGAAGGGAAUGGAUAAAGGUCUGCAUUUUGACAGAAGAACCAGAUCCGAAUCCACUGCUUAGCGCAGCUGUUAGAGCCACUGCAAUUUCAAUCUGAAAAACCAUGACUUCGAUAGGAUAAAAUUUGUAUUAAUUUAUGUAAGGUUCACGUUCUCUUCUUUUCUUUCAUUCUUCUGUCAAUAAUCAGUAUUACCAUUAAGAUUAAUUUGAUAGAAAUUACAUUGGAGAAAGUUCAACGGCAGCUCGACAGUACUUGACUUACGAUCAGUAAUGUCAUUAUCGAUAACAUUUUUGGUUGUAACAACAAUUCUGCAUGUAUCGAUAACUUUUCAAGCCCGUGGGAAACAUUAACAAUGACACGAGUAUUAGAUAGUAUAGAGUAGUAUAGUACUCAUGUAUUUAUGAACCAUUUAUUAAAGAAGCUUCGUAUCAUUAA